CGACCUCGAGGCGCAAACCUGCACGCUUCCAUCAACCCACCACCCACUCUGCAUACACCAACCCCCCCGAUCGGCUCGAUGGCUGCUCCGCCGCCCCUUCUUCGCUUUCCGCAUAGAAAUGACACGUACUCGAGCAGAAUUCCAACACCACCACGCAUCGUGGUGCCCCCGCCGGCACUCAACCACGACGCCAUUCCGGAAUUCUCCAUCAAAGCCAUCAAAUCCCGCACGUAUGACUUCCUGCAGAAUGUCGACUAUGAUAACCUCGUCCAAUCGAAUCCGCCGCUAGAUUGGGCCUACGAACGCAGGCGCGAAGCACAAACCAUCCUGCCAUUCUUGUGUUUGGGACCUAUGACUGCCGCGAAGGACGAGAAGUGGCUAGUCGAGCAGGGCGUGACGAUGCUUCUGGGAGUCAGACAGAAGCACACAUUCCAGUCGAGAUUGAUGCAAUCGGCCUUCCAUAUGGCAGACAGACUAGGAGUGGAGGCGAAGAGUGUCGAUCUGACUUCAAACCAAGAUCUCAUCCGCAAUUUUGGGAAGACGAGUCACAUGAUCAACGACCACCUCUCACGCGCCUACCAGGCUUCGAAUGGACUUCGACUGGGAAAAGUCCUUGUCUUCUGCGAAAGUGGAAAUGAGAGGAGCGCCGGUGUCGUGGCUGCCUAUUUGAUGGAGGCGCAUCAGGAUGUCGACCACAUCAAGGCCAUGCAGCUUUGCCAGGCGCAGAGGUUCUGCGUGAAUUUCGACGACAGUAUGAAGAGGCUGCUGGAGGGAUAUUGGGACAUCAUUCAGGCCAAGCGAAAUGUGCAGGAGGUGCUCGGCGCAGAUGCUGUGUCUGCGGAUGCCAAUGCGGUGAACGGGAGUGCCAAUAACAACACAUCUUUGUGUUCGAAGAGGGCUCUAGAAAGAGAUGAUGAUGAAGACGCGGAUAUGGACGGUGAUGAUGACAAGCAGCGUUUCGGCGGACGUACGUUCGUGCCCUUUACCGAUCACGGCGAAGAGACGUUGUAGCACAGCGACUUGGAGGACACCGAUGUUAUGGAUGAGGGUCGUGGCGACUGAGAAUACACAAGGGACAUGCACUUUGCACUUUAGCGAUGGAGCUACGGCGUUAGGGGUGAGGAAUAGUGUCUCAAGAUACCCAUUUGCUUGCUGGGGACAGACCCCAUACUGGUACUGUUGUGCGGGGGAGACGAAAAGGGCGCUUGGAGUUGAAGUGCGAGCAAGGAUGACAUGGUAUAGAUG